AUGUCGGGCAUCAGGGUUCUGCUACAGAAAAUCCUGAUCCUUCUGCAGGUUACCCUGUCUGUUGUUGUGGGCAAAACACUGAUGAUACUGUUCCCCAACGCCAUGAAGAGAUACAUCCUGAAGAUGGGCGAAAAGAGCAGAAUGAACAGAAAUCCAAAGUUCAGCUACGAAAACUGGGGCCCGACCUUUUUCAGCUUCAAGUAUUUGCAGUUUGUGCUGAAGGUGAAGUGGAAGAGGCUGGAGGAUGAAGCCUACGAGGGACAGCCUGCUCCCAACACGCCCGUGGUGACCCUCGGCGGGGAAGUUUGUCACCUCCUGGAUUUCGUGAAAGAUAACCGACCUUUAAUCCUGAACUUUGGAAGCUGCACCUGACCUUCAUUUAUGCUAAAAUUUGAUGAGUUCAACAAGCUCAUCAAAGAUUUCAGCUCAAUAGCAGAUUUCCUUAUCAUCUACAUUGAGGAAGCUCACGCAGUAGAUGGAUGGGCUUUUAAAAACAAUGUCAUUAUUAAAAAUCACAGAAGCCUUGAAGAUCGAAAAAAUGCAGCAGAGUUUCUUCAGAAAAAUCACCCUCUGUGUCCAGUGGUUUUAGACACUAUGGAAAACCUGACCAGCUCAAAAUACGCCGCGCUGCCAGAGCGACUCUACAUGCUCCAGGGAGGGAAGGUCAUCUACAAGGGAGGAGUGGGGCCUUGGAAUUACCACCCCCAGGAAAUACAUGCCAUCCUGGAAAAAAUGAAAUAGAAAAAGAAGAGGACUUCGAAGCAAAAACUAUUUGGAUAAAGAAGUGCAAAAAUAAUUCGUCACAGACCUAAGUCUAAGGAACAAAACCAGAAUUUAAAAACAGCCAUAGAGAGAAGAAAAGAAGAAUGUUGUAUAUGCAUGUAAGGAGCAUCUGGAAUAAUGUUUGUCUAGAAGCUUUCAGGUGCCAUCCCUACAACACCAACUUCUGUUCUGUAGUAACUGACUACUCUUAUACCACAUGCAGUAAUGUGGGAGCUGGGUCCACUGAGCUCUGGAUACCAACAUUUACACUUGUGAGGAAUAUCCUGCAGGAUAAACUUCAGCGUGGUGACAUUUGCAAGAGUCCACUAGCAUGCAAAGCAACUGAUUUCUCAUUAUUAUACACACUGCACUUGUAUUUAUAAAAUGUUCCCUUUCAGUGACUUCAGGAGGCUUCUGAGCAAGACAAUCUCUAUCAACAUCUGUUUCCAUGAGUAUUUGUUAUGAUGGUCCCAGCCUAAAGCACUGGCGGCUGUGACCUGAUUCUAGAAAAUAUUUAUAGAAACAAGGGAUUGAUCUACAAUUAUUAGAAGUCUAUCAAAACACUUCAUUUGGCUUCAGAUUAUUUCCCUUCCUGCCCUGCCUCUCUCUCCCAGGUUAUUUCUAAGCAUUAGCAGACAUUUAUAUUCAUUCUAAUAAUCUCUGAGUUUGAGCUGAUCAGAAAUGUACCAACUUAAGGACUUUUGAAGGACUUGUUUGACAGUAGGAAGUAACACAUCCCAAUUAAGUAGCUCACACUUUUUUUUCUAUUUAACUCAGAGUGCACGGGAAACAUUUUACAGGAAAUUGAGUUUUAAUUAAUGUAUUAUGUAAGCCUGAUAUAAAUACACUACCUUAAAUGGACUCACUUAUGUUCAGGUGUUCUAGGCUGACAGUUCAGGUUACAAAAUGAAAGAGC